ACUCCAAUAUCUCUUCAUUCAUUCAAACUGAGUCAUGGCUGCGUCUAAUCAACAUGUGACUUCUCUGAGGUUGUCCCAAGCUGCCAUUUUCAAUGGCAAAGGCUUUGAGGACGCAGCUGGCUAUGCUCGCUAUCUCCUUCAGUUCCAAAACCAUCCACUACAUUCUUCCAUCACUCUCGAUCCCUCAAAGUUCAACAAGUAUGGGAUGGAUAUCCCUCGCUUGAUCAAUACCAUAGGCUGGGGUAACAUUCUUCCCAAUCGAAACUUUGGGUUCCGACCUAAGGCUGUGCGCAUGUUUUAUGCAAACAUGAAGCCAUGCCUUCACAUCUCUCCACCCUGUUUCACUACUAUAGUGUAUAAUUAUCUGAUAACUAUCAAUGUGGAGCUGCUGUCGUUAUUACUGGGCAUUCCUAUCUCUGGAGCAGAAGUCAUGAAUAAGCUCGACUUUCAUUCUGUUGAGUUCAUUGAGGGAGAUGCCUUGCGACUGUAUACUCGUGAUACAGGUCGUUAUUAUCCCUCUGAAUUUCAUUCUGGGAGAUUUCCUGAUGAUCUCAAAGUUAUGCACUUUUACAUAACUCGACUGUUCUUACCUCGCUCCUUUGGACUCAAUACCAUUUAUCCUUCUGACUUAUGGAUUCUCGCUAGUGCCAAGGAGAAUCGGGUUGUAAGUUAUCCUCACUUGAUGUUCGACCAUAUGUUGAACUAUCAUGCUGAUAACUUUGAGGCAGAGCUUCCUUUUGCUCCACAGAUCACUCAGAUCUUGUUGGCAUUGGGAAUUGACUUAAGGUUCAAAGUCGCUCGCGUGGACAUGCUGAGUUCUCUUCGUGCUCAGUUCAUUCUGCGCAAAGUCGAUGCUUUUGUUGGUCGUCGAUGCCCUCUGGUCAAUGCUCUAGGGGGAGAAACAGCUGCCCAUGCAUUUCCUGAGGAUGGUCUCAGUCUUGCUGAGCUGGAUGGGGAUGAAGCAGUGGAAGAACCAAAAAUAUCUAUCAGAGAUAAUGGCAAGCGACCUAUGGUGGAUCCUUUGGAGGCUGUUCAAGCCAUGUUUAGACAGGAGGAGGCAAGCAGCGGCAGGAAUCAGAUGAUGGAGGAUGAUGAUGCUAUUUCUGAUUAUGUGCCAUCACCCAAAUUUGAUUUCUAGGGGAGUACUGAUAUCAGGGGGAGCACCUAUACUUGCUUGUUAGGGGAGUACUGAUCUUGGGGGAGUCUAAUAGUAAUAAGUUCGUUUUAGCAUCUGUGUGUGUUUGAAGGUCAAUAAAGCUCUGUCUAAGCUCGUGUCUAUGUUUCUAUUGAAGACAAUGUGUCUAAUAUUAUGAGUUUCGAAUCCGAUGUCUAAAUAACAGUUUUCUUGUUCA